AUGGCUGAAACCAAACUACCUAAUGUUUUUUUCGUCGUUGGCAUUAACGGCAAAGAAAUUGGUAAAAUCGAAUUCAAGUUAUAUGACGAUAUAACACCUAAGACGUCAGCUAAUUUUAGAUCUUUAUGUACUGGUAAAAAACCAGAUGGGACACCAUUACCCAAAGGAUUCGGAUACAGAGGAACUUUGUUUCAUAGAGUUAUUCCUGAUUUCAUGAUUCAAGGAGGUGAUUUUGAGAGAGGUGACGGGACCGGAGGACAGUCCAUUUAUGGCGAUAAGUUUCCUGAUGAGAAUUUCGAAAAGAAACAUGAUAAAGCAGGCCUUUUAUCAUGCGCGAACGCAGGCCCUAAUACCAACGGAUCACAAUUUUUCAUUACUACUGCUAAUUCUUGCCCAUGGUUAGAUAACAAACAUACCGUAUUUGGUGAAGUCGCUUCUCCAUCUUCAAUGGAAAUCGUCAAAAUGAUCGAGUCGAAAGGAUCUAAAGAUGGUAAAACCAAAGAGAAGAUCGUUAUCUACAAUUGUGGUUCAGUCUGA